UCGCUUCGGGACAACCAACCUCGGAGCAUCGUAUUUUCACCAUUUAUUUUUCACAUUGCGGUUGUGAUUGUUGUGUCCACCUGUCGGCCAAUCGUGAUGAGAAUAAUUUCAGCUGUAAUCAGUCAUUAAUUGGUCAUUGUUGAUUUCGUGCGGCGCAUGGGGGACUGAUUGGCACUUCGGUUGGGAUUUUUUUUUUUUAGUUUUUCGUUGAGUUUGAGACAGUGACAGUGGAAUUAAACAGUUGUGUGCGUGAAGUGACUUGUUUUUUGCAUUUACAUUCUGGAGUUUGACGGCCACAUGACGUCGAUUCAGUGAAAUUCGUGAUUGUCGUUGAUUAUUUUGGGGGGAAUAGCGGAUUAGGGGAACUGUUGGGUAACGGCUGUAAAAUUGAGCUGGAUUUUCAACGCGCCGCCGGCAACUUUAUGAGAGCCGGCGGAAAUAUGUGCGACGGUGGUGCAUUCCAGGAAUCACUACGGGGCAUGCAGUGCUUGACUGUUGCAUCACCACCGAGCAGCGUUGACGUGGGCCCGAUGGCUGUUGCACUUGCUACUCCACUUCAGUCGGCGAAAAAACCGCCCAGUGAACACAUUAAGAGGCCUAUGAAUGCUUUUAUGGUGUGGUCACGACUUCAGCGGAGGAAAAUAGCGCAGGAUAAUCCUAAGAUGCAUAACAGUGAGAUAUCGAAACGACUGGGAGCGGAAUGGAAGCGCCUCCCCGAGAACGAGAAGCGUCCAUUCAUCGACGAAGCCAAGAGAUUACGGGCAGAGCACAUGAAGGAUCACCCAGAAUACAAAUAUCGACCACGACGCAAGCCAAAGACACUGAGAAAAGAGGGCUAUCCCUACAGUAUUCCCUACGCAAGUGUCUCGAUGGAUGCACUCCGAGCCGGUAUAGCUGGUGGGAUGGGACAAGCCGGUAUGAGCUCUUACUACGGACCAGCAGCAGCCUAUGGAUCACUUUCGGCAGCCAGCAUGGCUGCCGCUGCGGCUGCGGCUGCCCAACAGUCAGCAGCAGCGAUGUCUGGCCUCGGGGCACCUGGCCAGGUGGUAAGCUCAAUGGACGCAAUGAAAUAUUCAAUGGUAGAGGCUGAGAAGUACCGUGCAGCUGCCUACAUGCCCCCAAGCACCCUAGCAAUGAGCAUGUACCCAGACCCAAAGAGUCUCGACUCGAGUCCCAAGUACUGGGAUCGUGGCUACCUAGAAGCUAAAACUUACUUCGAACAAUCAAAAUUGUACAUGGAUCAGAAGCCAAUGGGCGACUACAAUCACACGAGCUACGAGUCCAACAAAAUGUACGAGGAUUCGAGUCCUGGUGGUGGGCCAGCCAGAACACCGCCGACGGCGGAUUCACCUGAUGUUCUCAAGCAUCACAAUACCACUGAGAGGACAACUGAACAACACAAUUCGUCAAGUGCAAGCACAACGUCAACACCAACGUCUUCAGCCGCCAGUCCUGGCGCUAGUUUAUCGGCUUAUUAUCCGGGUAGUGUACAGGCAACUGGAUUGUUAGCUUCACAAUAUGCUGGUUAUCAAUCAACAACAACGCCUGGUAAUGAAGCAACGUUUAGGCGACCACUCACCGUCAUCUUCUGACCCGAUAGGCCCUAGCUACAAUCAAUCGUAAGCAAAUAUCAAUCGCCAAUCUAUCCACCUUGAGAUAAUUCAUAGGAGCAAUGUACAAAAUGAUAAUACACGCACUGAAAAAUUUCGUAGAAUAAUUUUAUUCAACUUCUAGGGAAAAUUCUACUGGCUUUUGGUCAAUUCUGUUGAAGAAUUCCAGUUUCACACACUGAUAGAAUGAUUCAUUUAUUCCAAACGAGAUUCGUUAACUAUUAACGAAUGGUAGAGUUG